AUGAAAAAAUAUUUAAUAUUAUUUCUAUUUAUAAAUAUAUAUCAAUGUGAAUUCUUAGAUUAUACAGAUGACCAUUUAUACGAUUGUACAUUAAUAUAAACUGAAUAAGAAUAAUCUCAAAUAUUAAAAUUACAUUAUAUAGAACGCAUAUCAUUCGUUAUAAUUCCUCCAAUAUCAGUAUUUUUGAGUUUACUUAUAAUAAUAAUAUUUAUAAAAUUUAACAAGACAAGAACAUUUCCAGGCUAUAUUUUUUUUUCAUUAACAAUAGCAGACUCAAUAUUAAAUAUAAGCUUUUUUUUAUUAGCAGUUCACAGUUUUUAUUUUGAUUAAUCUCCAAUAUCAAGUGGAUAUUUUUGUUAAAUAAACUCAGUAAUGAGUAUUAUAGCACUUUGUUGUGAAUUUAUGUACAAUUUAGCAUUUUCAUUUAUUUUAACAUAAAAAUUAAAGCGAGCAUUAUAAGGAUUUAAUACAAACCAAAUAUAUAUGCAUGCUAUAAUAUUAAGUAUUGCCGUAAUUAUAACGACCAUUUUAACUACUUUGGGUUAUUCUGGUUUGAAUCUAUUUGGAAUUUGUUCCAUUUCUACUAAAAACAAUUAUAUAGGAAUUACUUUUGUUUUUAUUUUCAUAGGAAUUGAAUUUUACACUUUUUAUUUCUUAAAAAAAUCAAUUCCAGCUAUUUAAUCCAAAGAUUCUCUCCUUUAAAUUGUUAAACAUUAUAUCCGAUAUGUAUUUGUUACUUGCAUUAUAUAUACUAUUUUUGGAAUAUGCGAUUUUAUUACUGGAUUAAAUUGUAUUUAUUUAUAAAAAUCAUAUAUUAAUAUUAGCAUUACUUUUGGAAAUCUUGCUAGGCUUUUUUUCCCACUUUUUAUGGCAAUUAUUAGAUUAAGUGAUCCAGCAAAUAAAAAAUAUACUAUAUAUAUAUUUUAUAAAUUAAAAAUAAUAAAUAUGGAUUAUGAUGAAUUUAUUCUAUUAAAUACUAAUCAUAAAAAAUAAGAACUUUAAAAAUAAGACUCUUGGGUUUCAGAGUUAUCUAAAGAUCUAAGAACUUCUACUAUUUUUACUAUGUUAUGUUCAGUUUAUAUGGAUAUAAAGUAAAAAAAAUAUAUUUAAUAAAAAAAAAAUAUAUUUAUUUAUUUUUUAUGUAUUUCUAGGGAAGAAGAUUAAAAAAAAAGCAUUCCAAUAUCAAGUCUAUGCUAAGAUGAUGGACAAUAAAUCACUUAAAGGGUAAUUUCUAAGGAAGUUAUUAAUAAAAGAUUUAAAUUUGAUAAAUAUACUUUUCAAAAAAACAAUAGAUAAUAAUUUUAAAUUGUGCAAAUUAAAAUGACUACUCAUUCUCCUAUGCUAUUUAGAAAUAUUAGAGAUAUUGAUAUUGAUAUCCUUAAUUUCUAAAAGUCCCUUGAUUUUUCUUAAAAUAAAGAAUAAAUUUAAUAAGCUUUUGGACAAGCCGAUGGUGGAAGAAGUGGAGAAUUCUUUUUUUUUACUUAUGAUAACUAACUUAUUUUAAAAACUUUAAAAGAAGAAGAACUUAAUACUUUUAAAAAAAACUUAUAUCAAUAUGUAACUUAUUUGAAUGAAAAUUAAACUUCUAUGAUUACUAAAAUAUAUGGAUUAUAUUCUUUUUAAGUAAUUAAAGGUUCUUCUUAAAUGGUUCAUUUGCUCGUAAUGAAAAAUAUAUUAACAAUGCCAAAAUAAUAUAUUUUAAGAACUUACGAUCUGAAAGGUUCAAAAUUAGGUAGAUAAGUAAUAGAUGAAUAAAAAGAAUAUGAUGAUCAAUAUUUAAGAAAAAAAGUUCUAAAAGAAAACGAAUUUAUAAGAUUCGAAAAAUAAAUCUAUUUAUCAUUUAGAGAAAGAUAAAUUGUAAAAGACAUAUUAGAAAAAGACAGUUAGUUUUUAGCAAAAAUGCAUUACGUAGAUUAUUCUUUAUUAGUAAUUAAAUUAGAUUAUAAAUAAUACAGAAUAGAUAAUAUAAGAAAUAAUCAGUAAAUAUUCACUUCAUAUAAUUGUUUAAGGGAUGACCGAAAAAACGGCAUUUAUUAUCAUUUGGGAAUUAUUGAUUAUUUAUAAGAAUAUAAUUAUAUUAAAAGAAUUGAACAUAAUUAUAAAAAAGUGAGAUAUGGACAAUAAGCUGAUGCCUCUAUUUAAGAGCCUAAUUAUUAUUCAAAUAGAUUUAUUAAUUAAAUAGUUAAAAAAAUUUUUUGA